AUGAACUGCGUAUAUUCCAAUCAGCAAGUACGAUUAUUUUCAAAAAAGAGUAAAGAUAUUGUGAUGGAUUCAACUUCUAACAAACAGCAAAACGCAGAAAAGUUUGACCCUUCUUCUCUGUGGUACAAGCUUCUCAUUCCUGUUGCUGUCGGAGCCAUCUAUUGGUACAUUAAGAGAUGGGAGAACGACAAGGCAAGAAAGGAUUUCGGCCAUCUCCGAUCCUAUCUAGAAAAGUAUCAAGACCAGAUCACAGAACAGGCUUUUAAUGCUGGGGUUGAAUCAUUGAUGCACGAAGAGCAUCGGGAUAUCAUGUAUGAAAUCAUUGGUCAUUCCAGUGAAACUGGCAAGUAUUUGGUAGAGUCUUCUUUGGCAUCUAUUCCACUCUUUGAAAUGAACAUUCGAAAAAUGGAGAAUGUGAAAUUGUUAAGACCUCACCCAACUGUUGAUGGUUAUGUAAAAUAUGCAUUAUUUGGUGAACUUUGGACGCUGGCAGAGCAAGAAUCGUCCACAAAGUUGAAAGCUUCAGGAAAGAAAUGUUUAGAUUCUCGAGAUAUUACUCUUAAUCUUCAUUUUCCAAUCAAAGUUUUGCCUAAAACAAAGAAUGGAUCUGUUUUGGGCCAUUUAGAGGAUAAACCACUAGUUUAUUUGAGCCUUAAUGUCAGGAUGAAGGCGAUUGACAGAGACUUUUCGGUUGAACACAGGCCAGAGCUUGUAAUUUCAAGAAUUUCUAUUUCUCCAAUCACAACAUAUUUCCCAACAAUACAGGGGCUAAGAGAACAACGCGUUUUCGACGAGAUUGAAAUUGAAAAAGCAAUUGCACCAAAUGGUAUUCAUCAUGCCUCAGAUGGUCUUCAUAAUAUCACGUUUCAAUUUAAUUUUUACGAGUAA